AUGCACUGUGAUACAAUAUCUUACUCUCCUUACAGGCCAAUGACACAACUCUACCAGCAUAUCCUGGCCUUGGCAUUUGCUGUGAGGGAGAUCAAUGAAAACCCACAUCUCCUUCCCAAUAUCACACUGGGCUUCCACAUCUAUAAUAGCCAUUUCAUUGCCAGAUGGACCUAUCAAGCCUCACUAGCAGUUCUCUCCAGGAAAAGCAGAUUUGUUCCUAAUUACAAUUAUGAAGAUGAGAACAUUCCCAUAGCUGUCAUUGGGGGAUCAAACUCAGAUUUACGUCUCCAGAUGGCCACCAUCCUUCAUAUGUACAAGAUGCCCCAGCUCAUCUAUGGCUCUUCUCCCAUGAUUGGAAACAAUGUACAAACUCUUUUCUCCCACUGGAUGUUCCCAGAUGGGACUCAUCAGUACAGUGGGAUACUCCAGCUUUUGCUGCAUUUCAGUUGGAUGUGGAUUGGGGUACUUUCUAAGAAUGAUGAUACUGGAGAGCAAUUUGUACAAAAUAUACUUCCCAUGUUUGCCCAGAGGGGUAUCUGCUUUGAUUUUAUAGGAAGAUUCCCUAAACUGAAGUUUUCUGGAGAGCUCAGUGAAAUGGUGGCUGAUGGUUCUGAAACAAUCCGUGUUAUUAUGGGAAGCACUGCCAAUGUUGUGGUUGUUAAUGGUGAAAUUGAUACCAUUAUGGUAUUGAGAAUGAUGCCAAAGGUUGCAGAAAUACAUGAUAUACCAAUGCAUGCCACAUCAAAAGUCUGGAUAAUGACUGCCCAGAUGGAAUUCACCUCAUUCCCCUUUCAGAGGGGCUGGGAAAUUGAUUUCCUCCAUGGUGCUCUCUCCUUGGCAGUUUCCUCAAAGGAACCUGCACGAUUCCAGAAAUUUGUUCAAAUGAGAAACCCUGCCUCCGAAAGAGAAGACAGCUUUCUCCGGGUUUUUUGGGAACAGGCAUUCAUCUGUUCUUUCUCCAAUGCUUCAUUAAAUAAGGAACAUGAGGAAUCAUGCACUGGGGAGGAGAAGGUUGACAGCCUCCCUGGUUCUGUUUUUGAAAUGAGCAUGACUGCCCAAAGCUACAGUGUCUACAAUGCUCUAUAUACUUUGGCACAUGCUUUGCAUACCAUGCAAUGCUCCAGGUUCAAAAUUGGAGCAAUGGCAAAUGGAGUGACAUUGGACUAUCUGAACCAAGAAACAUGGCAGCUCCAACACUUUCUGAGAAGUGUCUCCUUCAACAAUAGUGCUGGAGAAGAAAUUUCCUUUGACCAAAAGGGAGCAUUAGUAGCUGGCUUUGAUAUUAUCAACUGGGUCACAUUCCCAAAUGAGUCCUUUCUUAGAAUCAAAGUUGGAAAAAUGGACCCACAGAUUCCUCAAGAAAAGGGGCUCAGAAUUCAUGAUGCUGCCAUCGUAUGGCCCAACAACUUCAACCAGACACCACCUCCUUCUGUGUGCAAUGAGAAUUGUCAUUUAGGUUACAGUCGGACCAAGAAGGAAGGGAAGCCUUCUUGCUGCUAUGAUUGUCUUCCAUGUCCAGAAGGGAAGAUCACAAACCAGAAGGACAUGGAUGAUUGUUUUGAAUGCCCUGGGAAUCAAUAUCCCAACCAUUUCCAAAAUGGAUGCCUUCCAAAACAAAUAACUUUCUUGUCUUAUGGAGAACCUUUGGGCAUAGUUUUGUCCUCUUUGGCUCUCUCCUUUUCUCUCCUCACUGCUUUGGUUCUUGGAAUAUUCCUGAAGCACAUGGAUACUCCCAUAGUCAAGGCCAACAACCGGAACCUCACCUACACUCUCCUCAUCUCCCUCUUGCUUUCCUUCCUUUGUGUUUUGCUAUUCAUUGGCCAGCCUGGAGCACUGACAUGCCUCCUUCGACAAAGUGCUUUUGGCAUGAUCUUUUCUGUGGCAGUUUCUUGCAUAUUGGCCAAAACCAUCAUUGUGGUUCUGGCUUUCAUGGCCACCAAGCCGGGAUCCAAGAUGAGGAGAUGGGUGGGACAACCGUUGUCCAACUCCAUUGUUCUUUCAUGCUCUCUUUUUCAAGCCACCAUUUGUACUGUGUGGCUGGCAACCUCUCCCCCAUUCCCUGAUUUAGACAUGCAUACAAUGAUCAAAGAAAUGGUUCUGCUCUGUAAUGAGGGGUCAGUCCUUAUGUUUUACUUUGUGUUGGGCUACAUGGGCUUCUUGGCUUCUGUCAGCUUUAUUGUGGCUUUUCUUGCUCGGAGGUUGCCUGACAGCUUUAAUGAAGCCAAGUUCAUUACAUUCAGCAUGCUGAUCUUCUGCAGUGUUUGGCUGUCCUUUGUCCCAACCUACCUGAGCACAAAAGGAAAAUACAUGGUGGCUGUGGAGAUCUUCUCCAUCUUGGCCUCCAGUUUGGGCUUACUGGGGUGCAUCUUUUUUCCCAAAUGCUAUAUCAUUUUACUGAGGCCUGAACUGAAUACCAAGGGACAGUUAAUUAGAACAACAAAGAAUCAGCCUAGCUGA